AUGACCGACCUGAUCGAGUGUCAUCCACCUUCAAGAUACCAUCAAACUAUCCACCACCGCGUCCUCUGUCUUUCUCUAUUUAAACUAUCACUACAUGUCAUCGUAACUAAUAAUCUGUUUGUUCAAGAUGGUGGAUCCUAUCCACCUCAUUUUCUUUUUCUUUUUCUCCUUAUCUUUCACACUCCGCUUGCAACGGCACAGCAGCAGGAGUACCCAUUGCCUAAGGUAAGAGGUGACAAGACCAUGGUCAUUGUCCUCCUCGUCCUCGUGGCCGUCUUCUUUGCCCUAGGCCUCCUCUCCAUCUACAUUCGCCAAUGCUCCGAACGUCGGCACCGUGACCAGCUCCACCCUGCUAUCCUCUCUGCCACCUACGGUGGAGGCAACAGUGGGGGGCAGCAUCAUGGCCUUGACAUUGCGGUGGUGGACUCAUUUCCAACCUUCAUCUACUCCAACGUGAAGAGUCACAAGAUCGGGCAGGGGGCGCUAGAAUGCGCCGUGUGCCUCUGCGAGUUUCAAGAUGAAGAAACGCUGCGUUUGAUCCCACAAUGCUGCCACGUGUUCCACUCCGACUGCAUCGAUGUCUGGUUCUCCUCCCACUCAACAUGUCCAGUCUGCCGUGCAAACCUCACGCCAAAACCACCUGACACGUCAUCACCACAAUCCCUCGUUGUAAACAUUUCGGAUCAACCUGAUACGAAUCCAGUUAACAGUGAGCCAAAUAUCAUUUCCCUGAUCAAUGAUGGCGACCAGAACAAUGCAAUAAUAACAGAGCCGAAGUCUCAUCAGGAGAUGAGAACUAUUUUUAAUUUUGAUGAAGAGAAUGGUUCGGUUCGGUCAUUUUAUCGUUUUAACUCGGCCGGUCAUUUUACGGUUCGACCGGUGGAGAAUUUUGAGCGGUUCACAUUGAGGCUACCGGAAGAUAUGAGAGAUCGGCUCGUGAAUGUUAGUUCAGUUAACCGAACGGUUAGUUGCAGGGUAACAUUUCAAAGGGAGAGAAGCCAGAAGGAGGGUUAUAGGACAAGGAGUGCAAGAAGCACAGAGCCACCUUUUAUUGGCAUGACCAGAUUUGAAAGGUUAGAGAAGGGUGAGAGCAUUAAAGGAAAUGAGGUUGAAGUAGAUGGGGGAGAACGGUCUUUUGAUCUUCUAUUUCCCAAGGGCUCAAGGGAUGAGAAUUAG